ACUAGCGUAAGAUACUGCUCCCGAUUUGUUUUUCCAAGGGGCCCUAAAGCUUUUCUUCCACUUGGGGUUCGUUGGUUCGAAUUUCGAUUCAUUGCUCACCUUCUCAUGCCUGCGACCACGUGCAGCUUCUUCGCCCAUCCCUCCUGAAUCGUGAUACCUGAUUCAACCUCUCUUCCUUCUAGUGUUGAUUUCUGUUCUUCGUCGACCUUGUCUUCGUCUUCUUCCUCUAAUGCUUCUUGCAAAAUAGCUUCAAUCACAAACACUGAAAGCACAUGAAUCAGAGGCGCUCUCUCCCUCUUUUGCAGUUCUCUAAAUCGAUUCUCUUCCUCUCUCUGUGACAAUCUCCCUUGGCCUUUCUCACGCCAUGGAAGACGAAUCUGUACAUUAACAGAGGUUUCUUAGUCUUCCAGUCUUGGUUCCUUUUACUCUUAUUGUCAAUAGUUGUUGAUUGUUUUAUAAUCGAAUUAAGAUGAUGGGUUCUGAGAACCAUGGCUUCGAAGAAGCCCAUCUCUUUGCAUCUCGAGAAGAAAUGGAGAGUCUAAUCCUCGACGAGCCAUGGAAUGGAAAAUCCUUCGCCGAUUACCACAGCGCCAUGUCUUCUUCUCUGGCUGACACACAUCAUCCUUUAUCGCCGCCCACAGUCGUAGUCGAACCAGGCGAUGAUCCCUUGCUCUCGUCUUCGCCGCGAUUCAGAGACCGUCGAAACCCUAAUCUAUCUGAUAAUUCAUUCGUAGAACCUCCAUCUUACGCAGAUGUUAUCUUCAGUCCAUUAGGCGACGAGAACCCCGAUUCCAACGGCGUCGAAAGUCUUUCCCCGGACUCGGUUAAAUCAGGGAAUUUGUCGAGGUCUGCUUCGUCGAGUUCUGAUUACUUGAAGAUCACGGUUUCGAAUCCUGUGAAAGAGCAGGAGACUACGAAUUCGCUCGUUCCUGGUGGGAAUACUUAUGUGACGUAUUUGAUCACGACGAGAACCAACAUGCCAGACUUCGGUGGAUCGGAAUUUAGUGUUCGGAGGCGAUUCAGAGAUGUGGUGACCUUGGCGGAUCGGUUGUCGGAGUCGUACAGAGGGUUCUUUGUUCCGCCCCGGCCGGAUAAGAGCGUAGUGGAGAGUCAGGUCAUGCAAAAGCAGGAAUUUGUGGAACAGAGGCGUGUGGCUUUGGAGAAAUACCUGUGUAGAUUGGCAGCGCAUCCGGUGAUCAAGAAGAGCGAGGAGCUGAAGGUGUUCUUACAGGCCUGGGGGAAGCUUCCUUUGCCCACGACGACAGACGUGGCCUCGAGGAUGCUGGAUGGAGCGGUGAAGCUUCCAAAGCAGUUGUUUGGGGAAUCUGCCAAUGUCGUUGCCCCGCAUGAGGUAGUCCAGCCUGCAAAAGGGGGGAGGGAUCUGCUCAGGAUCUUUAAGGAAUUGAAGCAGUCGGUCUCUAAUGAUUGGGGUGGCUCGAAACCAUCUGUGGUUGAGGAAGAUAAGGAGUUUUUAGAGAAGAAAGACAAGCUGCAGGAUCUCGAGCAGCAACUCAGCAAUGCAUCACAGCAAGCUGAAUCAAUUGUCAAAGCUCAGCAGGAUAUUGGAGAAACAAUGGGAGAAUUAGGUUUAGCUUUCAUCAAGCUAACCAAAUUUGAAACAGAGGAGGCCGUUUUUAACUGUCAGAGAAUGAGAGCUGCUGAUAUGAAACGUGUUGCAACAGCUGCUGUCAAAGCUAGCAGAUUCUAUCGGGAAUCAAAUGCUCAAACAGUCAAACAUCUGGAUACACUACAUGAGUAUCUUGGAUUAAUGUUGGCUGUCCACGGUGCAUUCUCAGAUCGCUCAAGUGCUUUGUUGACAGUGCAGACUCUCCUAUCUGAACUUUCAUCCUUGCAUUCGAAAGCUGAAAAACUUGAAGCUGCAUCAUCCAAAAUAUUUGGUGGUGACAAAUCUAGAAUUCGCAGAGCAGAAGAGUUGAAAGAAACCAUAAAAGCUACAGAGGACGCUAAAUAUAUUGCUGUUAGAGAAUAUGAACGCAUCAAGGUGAUCCAAGGUGUUGGAGGGGACCUGUACACAAGGCGACCAAGGUGCCCGCCUUGGCAAUCAAGGUGUUUGGAAUGGAAAACAACAGGAGUGAGCUUGAAAGGUUGGACAGGGAAAGACACAAUGACUUCUUGGCCAUGAUGAAAGGGUUUGUAGUUAAUCAGGUCGGUUAUGCAGAGAAGAUGGCAAAUGUGUGGGCAAAGGUUGCUGAAGAAACAAGUAUGUAUGCCAAAGAGAGAAGUUGAAGUGUGACUGUAAAUUUAGUUUAGUUUUGGGAUUCUUUUCAAUCAUUUUCCUUUCUUUUAUUUAAUUGCUCCCCACCCAAUACGUGGGGGUAUUGCAAUUUAUGUACACUAGUAGGACAUAACAGCACAUCCAUAAUAAUAUUCAGAGCACUUGAUAGAAUGUUUUGAAAUCCAUCGUUUUGGUUGUAUCUGUUUGAGAAGAAAAUGGUUAUAGUUAUACACACUUCAAUUUAUUUCCUUACAGGGUGUGUGCUUGAGGCUGAUAGGAAGGGAAAACAUUGUAGUAAUGACAGUAUGACAUUCCAUACUGCUUUUCUUGCUUGGUUGUUGAUUGGUGGUUUUUAUUGUGUUAACAGAUUAUAUGUUAAAUAGAUUGAUAUCACUGUUGUCA